AUGGCCGCCGCAACUACUCAUGGCGGAUUAUUAUAUUACGUCGUACCUGUACCUAAAGAUGGAGAAAUCGACGGUACCGACAGCGGUUGGGAUAAUCCGUUCCGACCGGACGGAGACUUGAGCCGGGAAGCCGACGAAAUAGUAGGUUUAAUAAAAGAAGGAAAACCGAUAACUCCGACGUCGGUAAAUGGAAACGUUAAAACCAUAGAAGAUGAAUUGGAUGCCGUGGCCGUCAUGGCCGUGCAAUCGAAACCACAACAACAAAAGUCGUCGUCGUCGUCGUCGUCACCGCCGCCUCACGGCGGCACGACCGUAACGACUCCGACAAAAAAAGAAGGAACCAACGGUACGGCCAAACAUGAUAAAGCCGGAGUUGUCGACGUGCAAAGAACGAUCGUGUCGCCGUCUGCCGGUGGAGAAGUCGAACCCGUUGUGAUCAAGAAGAAACCCAAGUGCAAGUGUUGUGUCAUACAAUAG